AGCCCAAACGCACUUCCGGGUUCGGCCAGAAACGCAGCCAUUGUCCCGCGCACCGGUGCCUGCUGUCGCCGCGCACCUGGGCUCGGACGUCAGCCGAGCGGCCCUGUGGAUGCCGACUAGAGCCGGGGGCCGAAUAACGUCCCCCGAGUCUGUGGUGUGCAGAAACGGCUCAAGGCGCUGCUUAACCCGACCUCGUCCUGCCGCAGAGCCGUGCCGGUCACCGAAGCUGGGACAGGCCCGGCCUGGGCCGCGAGCCCGUGGACGCCCAGCUCGGGAUCUCAGCCCCCUGCCUGUGCCUGGAGGAGAGCAUGGAAGAGAGAGAUGAGAAGCCCCCAGAGCCCAUGAAGACCUGUGCACAGGAAUUCCGACAACAUGAUGGUACAGUUCUUCUCUCCCACAUAGUGUCUGGGGUCACUCACUUCCAUUUUGCAGGUGGCUGGGCCAGGGUCACCUGGAAGAGCCACAGUGCCCAUGUCCGGUGCCUCGUUGCUCCUCUAGAUGUCUCCUGUCUCUCUACAUGGACUCUCUCCUUCCUCAGGAGAUUAUUAUCAAGGUUGAAAGAGAAGAUGCCGGGUCACUGGCCAUUCCAUCCCAGGAAGGAGUGAACUUCAAAAUUGUGACUGUGGACUUCACUCAAAAGGAAGAAGGCACUUUGAACCCUGCUCAGAGGAUCCUGGACAGAGAUGUGAUCCUAGAGAACCACAGGGACCUGGUCUCUUGGGAUUUGACAACCUCACUUGGAAGGAGAGCAUCAACAUCAAAACAGAACAUUUUUAAUGAUGAACCAUCCCAUGGAGUGAAGUUAGAAAGAUUGACAAGAGAUGAUCCUUGGUUAUCUUCAUGUCAAGUUCAGGAUUGUAGGGACCAGUUGGAAAAGCAACAGGAAAAACAAGAGACACUUUUGAAGGAAAUGGCAUUUACUCACAGGAAAGCUAUUACUUAUGAGAGAGUCUAUAAAAGUGAUGAACUUGAAGAGGAAAGUGGUCUGAGUUCCAGUCUUCUUUCACCCCAGAUGGUACCCAUAAGAAACCAUUUUCAUAAACAUGCCUCACAUGUUAAAAAGUUGCAUUAUAAUUCUAUUGUAAACAGUCAUGAGAUGAUUGAUGACAGUAAGGAACUCUGUGAGAAUAAUGAAUGUGGAAAUCUUCCCCAGAACGUUCACCUUAUUCAGAUUACAAGAACUCAAACAGAAGAUAAAUCCUAUGGAUUUAGUGACAGUAUUCAAUCAUUUAAUCAUGAUGUACCUCUAAAUACACAUCAGAAAAUACAUGCAAGAGGAACAUCCUUAGAUUUUAAGGAAUGUGGGCAAGUUUUGAACCACAGUAUAUCCCAUAAGGAACAAGAGAGAAUACCUGUUGAAGAGAGUCAAUAUGACUGUGGUAAAACCUCCCAGAGUUCAUCGCUUGCUCAAAACAUGAGAAACCAUUCUGAAGAGAAACCCUUUGAAUGUAAUCAGUGUGGGAAAUCCUUCAGCUGGAGCUCUCAUCUUGUUGCACAUCAGAGAACUCAUACAGGGGAGAAACCUUAUGAAUGUAAUGAAUGUGGGAAGUCCUUUAGCCGGAGCUCUCACCUUGUUUCUCACCAGAGAACUCACACUGGAGAGAAACCUUACAGAUGUAAUCAGUGUGGGAAAUCUUUUAGCCAGAGCUAUGUUCUUGUUGUGCAUCAGAGAACUCAUACUGGAGAGAAGCCCUAUGAAUGCAAUCAAUGUGGAAAGUCAUUCAGGCAGAGCUACAAACUUAUUGCACAUCAAAGAACUCACACUGGAGAGAAGCCCUAUGAGUGCAAUCAGUGUGGGAAAUCAUUUAUCCAGAGUUAUAAACUUAUUGCACAUCAAAGAAUUCAUACUGGAGAGAAACCCUAUGAGUGCAAUCAAUGUGGAAAGUCCUUUAGUCAAAGUUACAAACUUGUUGCCCAUCAGAGAACUCACACAGGAGAAAAACCCUUUGAAUGUAAUCAGUGUGGAAAAUCCUUCAGCUGGAGCUCUCAGCUUGUUGCACAUCAAAGAACUCAUACUGGAGAAAAACCCUAUGAAUGUAACGAGUGUGGAAAGUCUUUCAAUCGCAGUUCUCACCUUGUUAUGCAUCAGAGAACUCAUACUGGAGAAAAACCUUACGAAUGUAAUCAGUGUGGGAAGUCCUUUAGCCAGAGUUAUGUUCUUGUUGUACAUCAGAGAACUCAUACUGGGGAAAAGCCCUAUGAGUGCAAUCAGUGUGGGAAGUCCUUCAGGCAGAGUUCAUGCCUUACUCAACAUCAAAGAACUCAUACUGGAGAGAAACCCUAUGAAUGUAAUCAGUGUGGAAAAACAUUCAGCUUGAGUGCUCGACUUAUUGUACAUCAAAGAACUCAUACCGGAGAAAAGCCCUUUACAUGUAAUCAAUGUGGGAAAGCUUUCAUUAAUAGUUCUAAACUUAUUAGGCAUCAGGCAACUCAUACUGAGGAGAAACCCUAUGAAUGUAACUAGUUUGGAAAUCUUUCAGCCAGAGUAUAUUUCUUUUUUUCUUUCCUUUUCCUUUUCCUUGCAUUUCUUUCCCUCCCUUCCUUCCUUCCUUCCUUCCUUCCUUCCUUCCUUCCUUCCUUCCUUCCUUCCUUCCUUCUUGUUUUCUUUCAAAUAUCAACCUUUUGUUGUGUAUCUGGAAGUUUGUUCCGGAGAAGAAAAACAAUGAAGCACGUAUUUUUGCUUAGCAAUUUUGUAUUAAAAAAAUCAAACUUGGCUGUUAUGACACAUUGCCACAUAAGUAAUAAAUAUUGGCACUUUUCCUUGCAGAAAGCACUCUGACCUGAAUCUGAGAAAAUUACCAUUAAAUGGGCAACUCACUAUGGAGCAAUUGAAAGUGAUGUAGAUUUCUUCAACAAUAAAGAGUAAAUGAGAAUGCAAACGCUGGUGGGCAUGUUGAGAAAAUUGGAAAAUUGCUAGUUAUUAGAGUCUAGGCUGGAAAACAGUAUUUCAGUAUCAUUUUAUGACACGAUUUCCCUGGCAGGUAGUUUGUUAUCUAUUUUAUCCAGCACUUUCUAUUAUAUGUGAAGAUUUCAUAAAGAUUAGGAAAAUGGCCAUGAUAUAAAGUGAAAAAAAAAUGCAGGCCAAGAGAAUAAAACAUUAAUUUCUAGAACCAUUGUAAUAUUUGUGUAUGGAUCAGAAUUGAAAUUGAAAUCCAGAAUGGUUUCUUGGUACACCUAUUUGAUUUUUAAGUUUAUGCCUGGUUUUCUUCUCUUUUGGAAUGUUUUACUGUAGUAAUAUGGAGAGUAAAAAUGAGUCAAAAACAGAGUAAGCCAAAGAUUCCCAUCUUUGACCAUUUAGGAAAGAUUAGGUGACUAGAUAGAGAUUGCUCAGAGUUCUGGGAUUUCUAUUUGGAUUAGUUUGAGCAGGUCACUCCUUAGGACUUGGAUUCCCAGGGAUCUUCCUCAUAGAAAAUAUUUCCCUGGGUAUGGGGAACUGGAAAUUUAGGCCAGAAGGGGUUCUAUAUGAGCAAUUAAAAAUAUGCAGGUUGUGUAGAGGGCAUGUUUUUAUAUUUCCAAAGCAGUAUAAAGGAGCUCUAUUUUUUUAAAAGAUUUUAAUUAUUUAUUCAUGAGAGAUAGGCAGAGACAUAGGCAGAGGGAGAAGCAGGCUCCAUGCAGGGAGCCUGAUGGAGGACUCGAUCCCAGGACUUCAGGAUCAUGCCCUGAGCCGAAGGCAGAUGCCCAGUCACUAAGCCACCCAGGCAUCCCAAGGAGCUCUAUUUUAAGGGACCCCAACCCCCAUGUAGUUUUUUUUUUUACCUCUCUUUUUUUUACCUUCUCUGGAAUAUGUUUCCUAAGUGAAAGUCUUCUGAGUGGGAGGGCACUCUCAUGGCUAAGUGCUCAUCACCUAAAUUAAGCUUGCAAGAAUAAUUUUAGGUAAGAUUUGUAGCUAUUGGUUGGUUUCUAAUAUGUGGGUUAUAUGUCUUUUCGGCCUUUGCCCCUAAAUCAUAAAUUCUAAUCCUGUGGAUUAUCAUGGGCCUGAAACCUCUGAUCCUAGAGAGUUAGUAAAAAGUAAGCUGAGAGUUUAAAUGGAAGACCAGAGAAUAGGGAUGAAUUCUCUGGAGGAAAAAGGAGAAACUGAAAGUGACAUCUGAUAGGAGUUUCCCUUAGUAAAAUUCUGUCCCCAUGAGAUGACUGUAAGUGGAGCCAUCUCUGAGGAUUAGGCCAGAGUACAGAACAUAUGGCAGUGAUUGAAUUUCUGGGGAACAGUUGUUGAUGGCUGAAAACUGGCUCUACACACACCCUAGAAGAACUUCAAUCAGUCGGGGAAUGGACAGAUAGAGGAACAGCCUUCUGGAGAAGACAUAAAAUGGUGAAAAGUUCUUAUUUAGCAAUGGGAUCUGACGAGGCUUCUUUCCCCCAAAAUUAUAGAUAAAACCAGCACCAGCGCUAGGAUGUUUCAUUGGGCAUGUUGAAUCUUACUUCAAAGGCAAGAAGCCAUGAUUGUACAAAUGAGCAUAAAGCCAAAUGGGCUAAGAAUGAGGGCUCUAAACAUUUCAGAUUUGGGAAGUGAUUUAUUACAAAGCAAUCACUUCAGUAGACAUUGAAAAUGUUUCAUUGAAAGUAUGAAAUUUUUAAAACUGCAGAAAUU